UGUAUGUGUGUAUAUAUCUCAGCUGUUUUGUCUGAUUGUUUUUGCUGGAUGUUGCAGGGCUCCAGAUGUCAGCAGCUCUAAGAGUCUUAAAUUUCUCCACAUCAUGUUCUUCCAUGAGCAAUACAUUAAUAAUUGUUGAGAAGGCUGUUUCUUUUUCUUAUUAUUUCUUAUUACUUUUCUCAUUAUUAAUGAAAUUUAGCUGAUUUUUUUUUAAAAUCUUUAAUCUUUAAUCUUAAAUCCUGAUUAAAGGAAAAUGUACUGUAUCUGAUACACCUCACAUAGGUUUCCUAGGUACAAUGUAUUUCUAGACAUAUUUACUCAUUUCAAGCUUACAAGCAUAUGUGUGCUUCUUUCUAGAAAGAGCUGGCUGACCAUCGUAAGUCAAGUUUGAAAUAAGUGCAAAUACAGAAAUAGUCUUAUAUUUGUUUCAAAACAGUCUAAUAAAAAUAAGAAAUGAUUAAGUAAAUAGUAUUCAAGAUAUGUUUACUUUGUAAGACCUUUGUAAGUGUAGCAUUGUCUAGAUUUGUUUAUAAAAGUGGUGAUUUCUUUGGAGAUGUUUUAAAAAGAACUUUAGAGAAGUCCUAAAUCCAGCUCAGGAUCUCUUCAGAUCCAUUCAGUCAUAACUGACAUUCAUCAAAACCAAAUCUGCAUUAUUCAUGUUUAAACCUAAAACACGUCCAGUUUAGAACAAAACAGCAGUGAAUUGUUUGGGAUUCGAAUCCUGAUCUGACUCAUUAAAAAGAUCCGGAACUCCCGAUAGGAACAUCAGACGGGCCUUGAGAUAAAUUAAGCUUCUGAGCUAAAAAAGAAAAAAGAAAAGGAAGCCAUGAGAUAGAAAAGAGAGUUGAUCGAGCGACAUGGGGAGCCUCGUUUUCUUCCAAACCCUCCCAGCUAUUGUCAAGAAGGAUUGAGCUCAGAAGCAGGUGAAGAGAACUAAUGAGGAGAGGAAGACUGAGACGGUGAGAGAGAAGGGAAUUCGGGAAGGGAAGGGAAGGGCUACCGGCAAGCGUCGCUGACGUCAGAGAGGUGAAAAAGCGAGGGAAAGGGAGGAGGAGAGCGAGCGCCAGGCAGAGAAGGAGAGCGCGACGGAGGAAAGCAUGGCUGGGAGUCUCUUUAACAGGCUGUCUCUGGAGGAGGCCGGCUCUCUUAACUCUCUUAGGAGGCCAGGAGCGAUGCACAGCGUCCUCGACACGCUGAGCGACAGCACCGGCUCCACCGCUGCCAACGAUCUGGACCUCAUCUUCCUGAAGGGCAUAAUGGAGAGUCCUGUAGCCCAUGAGCGGUUUGAGGAGCCGAAGCUGGAGGCAGUGAGUGAGAACAAUGUGGAACUGGUGCAGGACAUCCUGAAAGAACUCACACCACUCACCGAACAAAGCCAGGCAGCACAUGAACUUGCCCGCAUACUUAGUGAGCCACACUUUCAGUCCCUCCUGGAAACACAUGACUCUGUAGCCUCCAAAAGCUAUGAGACUCCACCACCCAGCCCCUGUGUCUUCAUGGACCCUGCCUUCAACAACCAACCCGUCCCUCCCGAUGCCGUCAGGAUGGUCGGCAUACGCAAAAUCUCCGGAGAACAUCUGGGUGUGACGUUUCGUGUGGAGGGCGGAGAGCUGGUGAUUGCACGUAUCCUGCAUGGCGGUAUGAUCGAUCAGCAGGGCCUCCUGCAUGUCGGUGAUGUCAUCAAAGAGGUCAAUGGGAAGGAGGUGGGUAGUGACCCCAAAGUGCUCCAGGACAUGCUAAAGGAGGCCAGCGGCAGUGUUGUGCUUAAGAUUCUGCCCAGCUACCAGGAGCCACACACACCCCGCCAGGCAUUCGUGAAAUGCCACUUCGAUUACGACCCCGCUCAUGAUAAUCUGAUCCCCUGCAAGGAGGCUGGCCUUCGUUUCCACAGCGGAGAAAUCCUGCAGAUCUUCAACCAGGAUGAUCCCAACUGGUGGCAGGCAUGUCACCUGGAGGGUGGUAGCGCAGGUCUGAUCCCCAGCCAGCUGCUGGAGGAGAAGAGAAAAGCGUUUGUGAAGAGAGACCUGGAGCUAAGCACAGCAGGACCUCUGUGUGCAGGCAUGGGUGGGAAGAAGAAGAAGAGAAUGAUGUACCUGACCACCAAGAAUGCAGAGUUUGACAGACAUGAGCUGCUGAUCUAUGAGGAGGUGGCGAAGGUGCCGCCGUUCCGGAGAAAGACCCUGGUGCUGAUCGGUGCACAGGGAGUCGGACGCCGCAACCUGAAAAACAAGCUGCUGAUGUCACAACCUCAUCGUUACGGCACCACGACACCCUACACGUCCCGUAAGCCAAAAGUGGAUGAGAAGGAGGGACAGAUGUACCUGUUUAUGUCACGCAGCGAGAUGGAGGCGGACAUUAAGAGCGGCCGCUUCCUGGAGCAUGGCGAGUACGAUGGUAACCUAUACGGCACCAAGAUCAACUCCAUCCAUGAGGUGAUCGAGUCCAGCAAGGUCUGCAUCCUGGAUGUCAACCCGCAGGCUCUCAAAGUGUUGCGGACAGCCGAGUUCCUGCCCUAUGUCGUGUUUAUCGAAGCCCCUGACUUUGAAGUGCUGAAGGAAAUGAACAGAUCUGCCAUCGAGGCUAGAGUCGUCACCAAACAGCUCACUGACUGCGAGCUGAAGAGGACAGUGGAGGAGAGCGAGAGGAUCCACAGAGCUUAUGGUCACUACUUUGACCUCACCAUCGUCAACGACAACCUGGACGGCGCAUAUCGCAGCCUGAAGGUGGCGCUAGAGAGACUGACCACUGAGCACCAGUGGGUUCCUGUCAGCUGGGUUUUCUGAGCCGUAUAUAUAUAUAAAGGUGAAAUGUGAGCAGCUCAUAAAGAAACAAAAAAAACAAAAACAAAAAAGAAACAAACCUAGAAACAGCCAUGUUUAAAUUCUACCAAAAACACAGAUUAUUUUCAUGCUAGUUAUAUGACACAAAAUGACACUUUUUUCUGACAUUAAGGUGUAAGAUUUUGUGAGUUUGUGAACUAUGUGCAAACUGUGUGUUAAAAUGAACACACACUCCAGUUCACCCAGAAUUUAAAGAUGGCUGCUCAGGUAUGCUAGGCUUGUGCGAUGAGAAUGAUUUACUCUUUCACUGCCAUGAUGUUCAGCUACAUUCAUUCUGCUAAUAUGGUACAGGUUUGCCAUUUAACUCUUCUAGGCAGGCAUGAGAUUUUGCAUUUACUGUUUAUAAUACCUCUUUACAAACCGACUGGCUGUUACACAAAAUGAAAAAAGUCACACUCAAAUUAACAUUUCAAUCCAAAUGAAGUGACCCAUAUCAGAGAAGUCGUCACUAAAGAGAGCAACACUACAAAUCUUAAGAACAAGCUAAAAAUCCACCGGAUUUCUGAGUUAUCUUGAGUUACUGCUGCCAACAAGCAGUUCCUGACCUGUUCUCCAUUCACAGCACUCUUAACAUGCUGAGCCUCAAGGUCAGUAACCACAUAGUAAAGCCAGAAGCAGCUGGAGGUGGUUUGAUUGCACAGAGCCAGCAAUGACUGCAUUAAAAAAAAAGAAAGGAGAGGAAAAGAUUGAUUGGUUGCUGUAGAGAAACAUGCUGCAGUGGUGAGUAACUUCCACGUAAACCUCAGCAUGUAAACCUCACACUCAGCAGCACCAAACCACCGCUUUAGGAUCCAUAAAUCAAGAUUUUAUUUUAAUGGAUAAUGACGAGAGGUUGAAAUCAGCAUUUCACAAAACUAGCACAUGCUUUCAUAUCACAGGAAAUUAAAGAGUAACAGAAACAUUGUGUACAUGUUUUUGUUUGUAUGGUUUGAUCAUUGUUUUUAUACCACUUUUUUAAAAAUAUUAUUGAUGGAGUAAUGCUACCAUGUGCCACCAAAAUGCUACGUCUUCUAGCCUGUGGGUUAUAUUAGAAUUUAGUUUAAUUUAGUAAACAAGAUGAAGCGCGCUUCAAGAACCCAAAAUUAUUCAUCACUUUUAUUCAACCCAAAAUAAGAAUGUUGGACACUUCAUGCACUCAACACUUGCAGCUUUGCUUAUGUAGCGAAAAUGUUGAGGGAUUAGAAGAAAAUGACCAGAGUGAGAAAAUUAGCUCAUGCUGUGUGGUUUAUUUUUAACCAUUUUAACUAGCUACCACUUUAAACGUUUACUGCAUUCUGCUAAAGGUAUGUUACGUGUGUUUGAUGCCAUUCGAUUUUGAUUUGGGCUUCUACUUCCAGAUGAUACAAUGCUUCUUACAUUCACAUACUCUAGAUACACACUCAAGCUAACUAGCUACAUGCUCCACCAAACAUCUACACUAUCAAGCUAACUAGAUACUAUAUACUAAAGCUAACAAACUACAUGCUCGAGAUAAGUCAGCUACAUACUCAAGCUAGCUAGCUACAUGCUCAAGCUAACUCCAACUGCAUGCUACUGUAUGUGCUUGAGCUAAAUCUAGCUACACACUAAAGCUAGUUAGAUGCUCAAUCUAACUAGCUUAAUACUAAAGUUAACUAAUUACAUGCUCAAACUAAGCAAUACUGAAUCAAACUAGCUAAACCCUCAAGCUAACUGUAGCUACCUACUAAAGCUAAUUAGCUACAUUUCUAGAUCUGUGCACUUAUCAGACUGGAAGUCAGUCGAGACAAUCAGAUUUGAUGCCCCCACAUACUGUAGUUCAUUUAAACAAAAUUUAUAUAAACAAACAAAACAAAACACACACACACACACACACACCAGUUUUACUUUGCUGUACAUUAGUUUGCUCCAUGUCCCGCUCCUCACUCAUGUAGCAAACAUAGCAAGCGUUGUUUGGCGGUGAAGCUGAUAAACAGAAUAACCUGUCUAUGAUAAGUGGAAAAACAUUUUGUUGUAAAUUUGAUUUAGUUGAUUCCAUCUGCAAAAAAAACUUGAGCCCAGAGAAACAAGGACCCUGACAGGAGCCAGUGAGGUUCUCUAUUUUACUAACAACAAUCACUCCUAUUAAAUGUGUAAAGACGCGAUGGAGCCAAGAUGUAGUGUGUGUGUGUACCUGUGAGUCGUAUAUUAAUGCUGUAUAUUUGUACAGACGCCGUGUGAAGUGUAGCUGUUCGUUUCUAUCCUCCUGAAUGAGAGAUGAUGAGAAAUAUGUUUGUGCUUAAAUAAAAUUGAGCUCACACUAGAACACAGUGUCCUGUAAAUUAAAGCAGCAAUAAGUGUCCUGUCAUUUAGAGACAUCCCUUAAGAACUGGAUUGAUGUUUGGUUCUGAAUUUGGCUGUAAACAGGAGACUAAUAAAGUAUGAAUCUAAUAGAGUAUGUAUCUAAUAAACCAGAUCAAAC